AUGUCUCGUACCUUAACUAUGGAACUCCAGGAUGGCAUUGGACAGCGGCAAACUGUUGUCAGGAUAUUGAAUGCAACUGGGGAAGAUAUAAUUCAACAGUCCUCAAAAACAGAUGCCAGUAUUCUACAAGAAAAACUGGGAAGUCUGAAUCUGCGGUGGCAGGAGGUCUGCAAACAGCUGGCAGAAAGAAAAAAGAGGCUAGAGGAACAAAAGAAUAUCCUGUCAGAAUUUCAAAGAGAUGUAAAUGAAUUUGUUUUAUGGUUGGAAGAAGCAGACAACGUCGCUAAUAUUCCACUUGAACCUGGAAAUGAGCGGCAGCUAAAACAAAAACUUGAACAAGUCAAGUUACUGGCAGAAGAGUUGCCCCUGCGCCAGGGAAUUCUAAAACAAUUAAAUGAAACCGGAGGAACAGUGCUUGUAAGUGCUCCCAUAAGCCCAGAAGAGCAAGAUAAACUUGAAAAUAAGCUCAAGCACACAAAUCUUCAGUGGAUAAAGGUUUCCAGAGAUUUGCCUGAGAAACAAGGAGAAAUUGAGUCACACAUAAAAGACCUUGGACAGCUUGAAGAGCAGUUAAAUCAUCUGCUUCUGUGGCUGUCUCCUAUUAGGAAUCAGUUGGAAAUUUACAAUCAGCCGAAUCAAACAGGACCAUUUGACAUUAAGGAAAUUGAAGUAGCAGUUCAAGCUAAACAGCCGGAUGUGGAAGGGAUUUUGUCUAAAGGGCAGCAUUUGUACAAGGAAAAACCAGCCACUCAGCCAGUGAAGAGAAAGGUUGAAGAUCUGAGCUCCGAUUGGAAGGCGGUAACCCACUUACUUCAAGAGCUCAAGGCAAAGCAGCCUGGCCCAGCUCCUGGCCUGACGGCUGUGGGAGCCUGUAAGUAUGCGGAAUCACAUGCUCUUUGGCCAUAG